AUGGAGAAGAUAGCAUGGAUUAUAUUCUUUGGAAAUGAAAAUUCAGUCAAAGUUUGUGGAGCUGGUUGGGAGAUUAAAAGAAGGAUCCAUGACUAUGAAUGUAGACUGAAAGGAAAUAUGUGGGGAUCCAGCUAUGAAAGGGAUAUACUGCAGUUAUUUCUCAUCCAGAUGAGAAGAAUGAAGCAAGUAAGAAUUAUUGAAAUCUUCUUCCAUCUGCCAAAUGAGGAUGAAUUGUUAUUAUGCUGUGAUGGAGCCUCUAGAGGAAACCCAGGUAAUGCAGGUUACGGUUUUGUAGCCAGAAACCACAGCGGUAUGUUUGUUUUUGCAGAAUCUGGAGGUCUAGGAUUUACUUCCAACUAUGUUGCAGAGUAUAUGGCUAAUAUUAGAGCUAUGGAAUGGGCUGUUGAAAACCAGCAUUUCAAACUAAUUAUACAAUCUGAUUCAAAAGAUUGUAUCACCUCUUUGAAGCAUGACAAGAUUCCAUGGUUUCUUUUGGCUAGAUGGCAAAGAAUUCUCUCAUAUUCCCCUACAAUAUCCUACAGACAUGUCUUUAGAGAAAUCAACUUCUCAGCUGACCAUUUUGCUAAAGAAGGCUUAUGCAGACAGGUUUUUGGGGCAGAUCUUGAUUACAUUGUAUUAUCGCAACAUGUUUAA